CGAAGUAGAGGAAUCAGACUUAAAUGAUGACGAUGAUAACAGCGAAAUCCUUACUCUGUGCCAGGCACAUUGUUAAGCUCUUUGCAUAGUUACUUUUUUAACUUUGUUGAUAGCCUUAGGAAGUUGGUAUUACCAUCAAGGACUGGAACUUUGGAAAGGUUAAGCAUUUUGUUCAAGGACACGCUGGGUAGGAGAACAGAUCUGAUUUCAAAGCCUAUGCUGUUAAGUACUGCAGUAUUGUUUCUCUUAUGCUAAGGGCAGAACCAGGACCACUGUGGGGAAAGUAAAAUAUAGGCAUAUUCUUCUGGAAUAAAGAAUCACCUCACAGCGCUAUCUCGUCAUAGAAGAGCCUUCCUCGGUAGGUAGGUAGUGAACUCCCUGUCACUGAAGAUGGGAAAGUAGAACACAGCACUCCACUGAUUGGUCAGCAGAGGGGAUCCUUGUAUCAGGUUGAACUAGAUAAUGUCUAAGGAACUUAUAAGAGGAGAAAAAUAGACUUCCUGGAGGAAACAUAGAAUUGGGAGAGAGUGGAAGGGGUGGGGCAGCCUGAACAGCAGGAAGCAGUGUGAGCAAAGAUGUGGAGGUAGUAAGAAGCGUGGAGGGUAGGUUUGGUCACACAGAGUGACUGUGGGAGAAAACUGCAGGGCAAAAGCCUGGCAAGGAAAGGGGGCCCAGGCAACCAGGCUGAGAUAUGUAUACUUGCUGAACCUGGCAGCUGUAGGUUCUUAAGCAAGGCCAACAGCCAUGAUGAAAGUAUCCGAACUUUUGGUCACAUCUAGAUGUGUCACUGACCCUCAGAGGACCCACAUUUUAUUUGUCUGUGCUGGGAAUAGAGCCAUGUUGCUGGUGGUGUGGGAGGCCUAGAGGUUUCCUGACCACAGGACUGGGAGAUGCGUGGCACCACAGUCAAGAAGGUGAUACGAUCCAAGAUCCACAAAUUCCUGGAUAUCUUUGUCAUCCGCUCCUCCUUCUUUCUUCACUUUCUGCUGAAUUACUUUGUCAAUGGAGGGAGGAAGAAAAUGUUCUUUUUAGAGGAAUGUACCACAACAAAAAGCUCAUCAGCACAAACUGUUCUAAAAUAACACAAAAGCUGUCACCCUGCUUUUCCCUGUGCCAGUGGUGAGCUGUUCUUUUUCAGUGUAGCUUCUGCCUGCCUUGGCUUCAGCUGCUCUCCCUACAGUCCGGGCCUCUGGUGGGCAGAGGGGCCUGCCAGUCUGGGGUCUCAUGAUCAUUCACAAGCUAUUUUCUCCUUGAAAGAGAAAGUCACGGUAGCAAAGUGUGUGUGUUUGAGUCAGUCUCAACAUAGAUGGAGUUCAUGAUCUAACUAGACCAUUGGGUGGGCAGCUCAGAGCUUGGAAUAUCAGAUUAUGGAUGCUGAGACACCAGAGAUGAAACCCUGGUUGUGCUGGCCAUCAAGGACCUGAGAUUCUUAUGUCCCGCUUAAAAGAAUUGCUGAUUACCCAAGGACCCUAGGAGAAAUCUGCUGGGAUACUCUAUUAAGCCCUCAUUUAUUCAGCCUCAUAUCGGUAAGUUUUUCAGAUAACUGAACUAUAACCUCAUUUCUAGAUAUUUAAAAAUCUUAGCCAUUUUUGAAGUAAGUUUUCCUUCUUACAGAUGACUGUGAACAGAUUGUUACUUUCUUUGGAUUAUUCAAAGCAUGUCUUCAGGGCCUCUUGCACUGUUACCCCAGUGCUUACAUUCCUGUAUGCAUUGUUGUGAUUUCUUUUUAUAGUUUUCUAUCUCUUCGUUGAUUCAUUCUCAUUUCUGAUCUUUCUGUCUCUGCUGUAAGCUAUGAAAUUAGACUUUCGGUAAACUGAGACUCAGCAGCCAUUUUAUAGACAAUAUACAGUCGCUCGUGUGGGGGGAAGCCAAUUUGACUUCUCAGGUGUCAUCUCUGCUUGCUUUUGUCCUAGGUAGCAGAGGCUAUGGAUUGUGGGCCCUUCAGAUGAGCAAGAUGGCACUAUUGGUGCUGGUGUCCUCCUUGCAAAGCUGACAGGGAGUUCUGCCAGCCUGGCAGUGUGGGAAUUCAUGACCUGUGUUCUACUGAGACCUCUGUUCCUGAGGGAAGACCUCAAUUACCACGACCCAACGGUGAAACACAGCACCUUCCAUGGUGAGGAUAAGCUCAUCAGCGUAGAGGACUUGUGGAAGGCAUGGAAGUCUUCAGAAGUAUACAACUGGACCGUGGAUGAGGUGGUGCAGUGGCUGAUCACAUAUGUGGAGCUGCCUCAGUAUGAGGAGACCUUCCGGAAGCUGCAGCUCAGUGGCCAUGCCAUGCCGAGGCUCGCUGUAACCAACACCACCAUGACAGGGACUGUGCUAAAGAUGACAGACCGGAGCCAUCGGCAGAAGCUGCAGCUGAAGGCCCUGGACACAGUGCUCUUUGGGCCUCCUCUCUUGACCCGCCAUAAUCACCUCAAGGACUUCAUGCUUGUGGUGUCUAUCGUUAUUGGUGUGGGCGGCUGCUGGUUUGCUUAUAUCCAGAACCGUUACUCCAAGGAGCACAUGAAGAAGAUGAUGAAGGAUCUGGAGGGCUUACACCGAGCUGAGCAGAGUCUGCAUGACCUUCAGGAAAGGCUGCACAAAGCUCAGGAGGAGCACCGCACAGUGGAAGUGGAGAAGGUACACCUGGAGAAGAAGCUGCGUGAUGAGAUCAGCCUUGCCAAGCAGGAAGCCCAGCGGCUGAAGGAGCUGCGGGAGGGUACUGAGAAUGAACGGAGCCGCCAAAAAUAUGCUGAGGAGGAGUUGGAGCAGGUCCGGGAGGCCUUGAGGAAAGCAGAGAAGGAGCUGGAAUCACAUAGCUCAUGGUAUGCUCCAGAGGCCCUUCAGAAGUGGCUGCAGCUGACACACGAGGUGGAGGUACAGUACUACAACAUCAAGAAGCAAAAUGCCGAGAAGCAGCUGCUGGUGGCCAAGGAGGGGGCUGAGAAGAUAAAAAAGAAGAGAAACACACUCUUUGGCACCUUCCACGUGGCCCACAGCUCUUCCCUGGAUGAUGUGGAUCACAAAAUCUUAACAGCUAAGCAAGCUCUGAGCGAGGUGACGGCAGCACUGCGGGAACGCCUGCACCGCUGGCAACAGAUUGAGAUCCUCUGUGGCUUCCAGAUUGUCAAUAACCCUGGUGUCCACUCCCUGGUGGCUGCCCUCAACAUAGAUCCCAGCUGGAUGGGUAGUACGCGCCCCAACCCUGCCCACUUCAUCAUGACUGACGAUGUGGACGACAUGGAUGAGGAGAUUGUGUCACCCUUGUCCAUGCAGUAUGCUGCCUGGCUGAUGGGGCGUAGGUUCAGUGACCGCUCUCUCUGCUCAGCAUCCGCCGGCUCGGAUGAUCAGUCCCUCUGGAAAUACCCGGCCCCCAGCCUGCAGAGCAGCAGCGUCCGGCAGCGCCUGACGGAACCACAGCAUGGCCUGGGAUCUCAGAGGGAUUUGACCCAUUCCGAUUCGGAGUCCUCCCUCCACAUGAGUGACCGCCAGCGUCUGGUCCUCAAGCCUCCUCAGAUGGUCCGUGCUGCAGAUGAGGCUCUCAGUGCCAUGACUUCUAACGGCAGCCACCGGCUGAUUGAGGGGGUCCAUCCCGCCUCUCUGGUGGAGAAACUGCCUGACAGCCCUGCCCUGGCCAAGAAGGCACUGCUGGCACUGAACCACGGGCUGGACAAGGCCCACAGCCUGAUGGAGCUGAGCUCCCCAGCCCCACCUAGUGGUUCUCCACAUUUGGAUUCUUCCCGUUCUCACAGCCCCAGUUCCCCAGACCCAGACACGCCGUCUCCGGCUGGGGACAGCAGAGCCCUGCAGUCUAGCCGAAAUACACGUAUUCCCCACCUGGCUGGCAAGAAGGCUGUGGCUGAGGAGGAUAAUGGCUCCAUUGGUGAGGAGACAGACUCCAGCCCAGGCCGGAAGAAGUUUCCCCUCAAAAUCUUUAAGAAGCCUCUUAAGAAGUAGGCAGGAUGAGGGUGGCAGUUGUGGGACAGCUUGUCCUCACCUGGUCUUCUGCCUCCCCUUCCCUCCCUUCCAACAUACCUGGCCCCCAGCAUGGGGCAUGGGAGGGGCUGGCCCUGGGGCCUGGGCACUGUACAUACUUGCCCCCCGUAUCCUUGGGUCCUUCAACAUUAUUUAUUAACUGACCACCAUGGCCUGCCUGCCCUGCCUCCCUCCCAACCAUGGGCUGCUGCUGUCACUCCCUCUCCACUUCAGUGCAUGUCUUAGUUGCUGCCCCCUCAGCUCUCAGUCCACCUCUGGGGUCCAGCUUCUGUCUCUGCUGUCCCAGUUUUGAGGUUUGGUUUCUUGUUUCUCUCUGUCUCCUGCUUUUGGACUCCCCCCCGCCCCGCCACUCCCCAACUUCCCCUAGAGGCUAGGGGGGAAGAGAGGGGCAGUAACUUCUGACACCUGUGCCUCAGAUCUCUUCCACCUCACCGACCAUGGUUCUGUUUGCCCCAGACUGGGGCCUAGGACCUAAUAUUUGCAGUUUGCUCUCUGGGAGUGUGGUGGGCCAGAGGGAACCUCAGCCUGGAGCUCACUGAGGCCUCCAGGGGUCCAUGGGGGAGCGAAACCAACUCCCACAGGACAAGCCACUAGAGUUCUGAAGAGAGGCUAGGCUAGGGGAUAGAUCGGAAGAGACUUCUAGUUGGAGGAUGAGUGGAAGCCAGAGGUGUGGGCUACAAAGCAGUCACCUUUUCUCUCUUCUCUCACUCACACCUGCCUCUCUCUUAUCCCCGCUCCCCCACCCUGCAGGAGGGUUUGUCUAUAAGAGGCGCUGCCCAAAUGCUCCCCAAGCCUCAUUACUCCUGAGGCUCAGGACAGUGGGCUCCCAUGGCCGUGGGAGCCUCAGCUAUGAUACAGGGCUCUAAUGGGGCCUUGGAGCUGCUGGGCAGGAUGUUGUCACAUUUGAACCAAAAGACAGUUUAAAGUUGAAAAAUGAAAUCUCCUGAAUUUCCCAAGUGCCUGCACUGCAUACUUGCCCUGUGAGACCCCAUUUUCAUGUUACUGCAUAUCUUGGGCCAGAGGCUCAAGAAGGACACAGCCGGUUUAGGGAAGGGGGUGGCUAAGGAAGAUGGUGUAGGUCAAGGUGGCUGUGUGACCACUCCCCCGCCCUUCCCACCCUCUAGACAACUCUCUCCCUUCCCUGUUUUUGCAAUGGCUGUAAAGGUAUUUUCCCUCUGCCCCACUCCCUGCCGUGUCUUUACUCUGGGAUCCUAUUUUGGGCCUGGGGUGGGGGCACCUGGGGCUGGUCUUGGGAGGGUGCUAGGCUGCAGACUGCCUUGUACCCCCUGGACACCCUCACAUGGGUUUUUCUGUGUUAUUUCAUAAGACUCUUUGAAGUCCAAUAAAGCAUGUAGGAGAUUUUAACCUCU